GCUGCCCCUCCCCGGAGGCGGCGGGGGCGGCCGGGGCGCACCGCGCCGCACUGCGCGGGGCGGCUAUGGAGCGAGCCUGAGGCCCGCCAGGAAUUGUGGAGGCACUGCAGUGAAGACAUCAGUAGUCACGGAAUCGCCUUGCUGAUCCUCAGCACCUGUCCGCCCCACUGAGCUGAGAGAAGGUGGGUCGAGGAGGAGGAGAGGCCACCAUGAAGCUAAAGCAGCGCGUCGUGCUGUUAGCAAUUCUCCUCGUCAUCUUCAUCUUCACCAAAGUUUUCCUGAUCGACAACCUGGAUACAUCAGCGGCCAACCGAGAGGACCAGAGGGCUUUUCACCGAAUGAUGACUGGCUUGCGGGUGGAGCUGCUGCCCAAGUUGGACCACACCCUGCAGUCUCCUUGGGAGAUUGCGGCCCAGUGGGUGGUGCCCCGGGAAGUGUACCCUGAAGAGACACCAGAGCUGGGAGCAGUCCUGCAUGCCAUGGCCACCAAGAAGGUCAUUAAAGCUGAUGUGGGCUAUAAAGGGACACAGCUAAAAGCUUUACUGAUCCUUGAAGGAGGACAGAAAGUUGUCUUCAAACCUAAGCGGUACAGCAGAGACUUUGUGUUAAAAGGGGAGCCGUAUGCUGGUUAUGACAGGCACAACGCAGAGGUGGCAGCUUUUCACCUGGACAGGAUUCUGGGUUUCCGCCGAGCUCCCUUGGUGGUUGGCAGAUACAUUAAUCUGAGGACGGAGAUCAAGCCUGUGGCCACAGAGCAGCAGCUGAGCACCUUCCUAACUGUAGGGAAUAACACGUGUUUCUAUGGGAAGUGCUAUUACUGCCGAGAAACAGAGCCAGCCUGUGCUGAUGGAGACAUGAUGGAGGGAGCCAUCACACUUUGGCUCCCAGAUGUGUGGCCUCUGCAGAAACAUCGACACCCCUGGGGCAGGACUUACCGAGAAGGCAAAUUGGCCAGGUGGGAAUAUGAUGAGAGCUACAGCGAUGCUGUGAAGAAAACGUCCCCUUAUGACUCAGGCCCACGCCUCUUGGACAUCAUUGACACUGCUGUCUUCGAUUACUUGAUUGGCAAUGCCGACCGCCACCACUAUGAAAGCUUUCAAGACGAUGAAGGCGCUAGCAUGCUUACCCUUCUUGAUAAUGCCAAAAGCUUUGGGAACCCCUCGCUGGAUGAGAGAAGCAUCCUUGCCCCUCUCUAUCAGUGCUGCAUCAUUCGAGUUUCAACCUGGAAUAGACUGAACUACCUAAAAAAUGGAGUGCUAGAGUCUGCCUUAAAAUCUGCCAUGGCCCAUGACCCCAUCUCCCCAGUGCUCUCUGAUCCACACUUGGACUCUGUGGACCAGCGGCUGCUGAACGUCCUUGUCACCAUCAAGCAGUGCACUGACCAGUUUGGGGUGGACACUGUGCUGGUGGAAGACAGGAUGCCGCUCUCCCACUUGUAACUCUGAACAGGAAACAAGUGGGACUGAUUUUUACAAAGAUAAACAGCACAAUCAAUUCCAAGUGGCAUGUGACAGCCGGAAGUGGCCAGCAGCAGGUUCUGGUGUAGAAGACAGGGUGGCCCCGGGCAUGCCUGGUGUUCUCUGCAGUGUCCGAGUAGGAGCUUGUCUCUGGAUUCACCUGGCGGCCUCUAAGUUGCCCAUUCAAGCGGCGGGGACCAGCUCUGGUCAGUCUUGUCCCCACACCAAGGGACAAAGAGGUGUGACACUGGCUGAGA